GACAUUGACCUGACAGUUUCUUACGCCGGCGAGUGAAACUUUUACAGAGCUCGACGAAGAAGACAACUUCCUUUUGUUUCACCUGUGAGUCUGCGACCAUGGCUAUGCAAUCUGGAAUUGGGUUAUCGAAGAUUCUGAUUUUAGCUGGAGCAGGUUAUACAAGUACGAUUCUGGUUAAGAAUGGGAAGAUGGCAGAUAUUUUGGGUGAGCUUCAGGCUUUGGUUAAGAGAUUUGAGAAAUCUGGAGAUCAUGUAGAUGAUGAUUCUGAUGCUAUGACUACUCAGAUGCAACGAUUAGCAAUGGAGGUUCGGCAAUUGGCUUCGUCGCGGCAGAUUACUGUUAUGAAUGGAGCUCAGGGAGCUGAUUUGACACCGUUUAUAGUCCCGGCAGCGACAUUGGGAGCUUUAGGCUAUGGCUAUAUGCGCUUCAAGGGGAUUUCAUUCUCUGAUAUCAUGUGCGUAACUAAGCGGAACAUGGAAAAUGCAGUGUCGAACUUGACAAAGCAUUUGGAUACCGUUUCAGAAGCUAUUUCUAAUGCUAAGAAGCACCUGAGCCAGCGGCUUCAGAAGGUGGACGAUAAGCUGGACUUGCAGAAGGAUCUCUUAAAGGGAGUCCAGGAUAAUGUUGGUUUGGCUCUUGAGGAUCUUGCUAACAUUGGAGAUGAUUUUGAUGCAAUGCAUAGCAUCUUCGGUGGUAUGGGUGGAAAAUUAGAUAGCAUUGAGUACAAGCAGAAUAUUGCGAAUAUGGGUUUGAUAUAUCUGUGCGACUCUUUGGGUGGAGAAAAUCACAAGAUGCCGGAUAUAUUGAUGCAGGAGAAGCUUCGGCUUUCAGGGAAGUCAAACACAUGUAUAGUACUUACAAACGAAGAAACUUCAAGCUCAGAGGGUUUAAAAGAAAGCGAUAAGAUAGAGCUACUAGAUGACUGCUAAUUCAGAUGGUACCAAUAUAUCAUCACGCAAGAAGGCACGAGUCUGAUAGCCUAAGCGAGACAGCAUUGAUGAGAAGGACCCUGGAUUUGGAUAGAAAGAAGGUAUAGGAUUAAUAGGAGUGAUUAUUAUGUACUGGUGUUUAGAUUAGUGUCCUUUGAGUCAAGUAAGAAGAUUGAAAAACAAAAAGAAUGUGUUUUU